AGCGCGAAACCGAUUCCGCCCAUCAUUUAACGUCGGUGUCAAUUAGCUAACGGGCUACUGUUGCAUCUCGGUCAACGUGUUCCCGUUACCAAACGUCUUACGACCGAUCGAACCGCUGCGGACGAGGGAUAAAUAAUCAACGCCACAAGUUUACAGAGGUGCACCAAGUUCCGGUCCGGCGUGUGCGCAUAUUGUUUCGGUCGGUAAUUUUUAUUUUAUCCUCUCGCAAUCAUCUUAACGCAAUAAUAAGUACCUCGGCAACGUCUAUCGUUGCGUCGUAACGGUUUGGCUCGCGCGACGAGUUCAUUUCCAUAACGUCCGCUCCCGGUAGCUCGGUGCAACAAGUGCCAACGUCGUGUUACGACAAUGUUUCGGAGUAAAAUCAUUUUGUUGGUCAUUAUUUUUAAUUUUCACGUAACAAUUUUAAAUUUUAUUUAGGAACCUCGUAAAUUGUGGGUUUUUUUUUUUUUUGUUGAUUGUAAGACUCAUUUCGUGUUCAACUAUAUCAGUCCGAUAAUCUCAAUCGCGUGAAAAUGCUUUUACCAAGCCAACCGACACGUAUUAUUCGAUGGAAUAUUACGUAUUGGUCGACCGGUUUAUGACGGACGUUUCGAUCCAAAUCGUUUUCGGCCAACCGCACGUGGUCAACGCAUAUUGUGCGGGAUGGUUGCGAACGGGUCUCGCGUACACACGAACAACAUCACGACAGGCAGUGUUUACGCGUACGGAAGAAGUAGCGUAUUAAAACACAUUCGCUCAGAAUCUGAAACGUCAGCGGUUCGGUCCAAGUGGGACACGGCAUCGGAAUACGUUAAGCCGCGUAUACAUGUGCGAGCCGAACCUACUGCGAACCGUUCGCGAACCGCUCGCGCCGAUCCAUCGAUAGUCGGUUUUUUUCACGAACGCAACGCGAACCUAGUGUAAGUUUGGACGGUACGUUGACAGGUUCGUCAGUUUUUACGAACAUCAUUAUUUUUAUCGUGGAGUGGUCAGAGGAAGAAACUAUUUAGCUUAUUGAUAUUUACAAAAGUAAACCUUUAUUGUGGAAUCCUAAAAACGAGAAUCAUUUUAAAAAGCAUUUAAAAGAGGAUGCAUGGAGGAAAAUCGCCGCUGCUAUGGCGAAGAAGCCUAUCGAUGACCGCAAAAAGAAGGUUGUUUGUUUAUUGGCUUCCUUCCGGAGGGAGAAACCAGCAUCGCAUACUCUUCGGAAGACAUUGUUAGUAGUUACUAGUAGACAAGUACGAACGAUACUGCCGGUAUUUCAGUAAGUUCAUCGUUGGUUCGCCGUUGGUAUUGGUUCGCGAACGGAUCGCAAGUGUGUACGUGAAAUUAACGAACAUGAUUCGAACACUUCAUAAGUGGUUCGCGGUAGGUUCGGCUCGCACAUGUAUACGCGGCUUCAUGAUUGGACACCACCGUUUCGAGUAGGUACCUUUUUCAUCACGUGGACACCCCACGACCGAAAUAAGCUCGUGUACAUCCGUUGUAUCCGUGUAUCACGUUAUGAUAUUCUCGUUCCGAUCGGUGUUUUUUUUUCCCUCGUUUAUUAUCGAAAGCUGUUUUCGAUCGUAUCAUAAUCGUACGGACCCGAGGUAACCCGCGAUGCGUCGACACGAAACCAUCGAUACAAUCCUGGGCCGACCGAUCAUUACACAGAGAGUUAUCGCAUGCAGCCGCGUCAGCUGCGUAUUUCAUCUAACACGGCCGCCCAAGCAAUUUUGAGUCCGUUCCGUAGUGCUGAGGUAGGACCAGCUGGCCAGACUGCGCUCCACAAGAUUUAUAGUUCGUUGCCAAAACGUUUGAAUUGCAUACUAUAAAAACGUAGGAAAUGGACGGUUAUACUGAUCAGACUUUUAAAAGUUCGUCGUUCCCGACGGAAUCACUUUCUCCGCCGGGGCAAUCGGUGUCUAGAUUCAGAGACGAAUGUGUUCGUAUAAAAAUGAAAUAUUUUAACAGAGAGUAUGCAAAAAUUUUCGUUGCAUUCAUAGGUGUAAUGCUUGUAAACAUGAUGCAAAAUAAUUUUUGGCAGCAAAUCGUUGAAAAUGAGUUUGGUUCGCAUCAUCGAUUUUUGUUAGCAUUUACAGCCGGGAUUUUCAGUGUGCUCAGUGGCGUAUUAUCGUGUAUAUAUCCAGCACAAAAUGUACUCGGGAUUUCAAUAUUUCUAACAUCAGUGGUAUACAUGGUGAAUCUUUUAUGUAAAGGUUGGUUGGAUCAACAUUUUUUCAUGCACCUGUUGCGAAAUAUGAUGUUUGUCACGGCGCUGCCGCCGUUCCACGGGAUUUGGGCCUCGUUGAUUCAACUACACAAAUCGUCAGUCCUCCACGUACCGAUUGUUUUGUUUUCAAUAUACCAGAUAAACAGCGACUUUCCAAUAGGGAUAAUCAGUUUUCUCGGAUAUUCUUACACAUUGGGGACAGUCAGCUUUGUGUGGUGCGCCGUCUGGGUGUACAUGAUUUUCAGGCCGAACAUCGUGCCGUCAUACACGAUGAUCAAUUCGUGCACCGCACCCACGCUGUCGGACAUUCCGUGGAAAUCGAUGUUCACGUCGAUGCCCGUCGUCGCCAUCUUGAUCGCGGUCAUCUGCGAAGCUUUCAACCUGGCGUUCCCGUACAUUUGGACGUUGAUCUCGUCCGAGCCAGAAACGUUUUUUCGAUUUUCAUCGUAUAGAAUGAUGAACACGUUUAUUAUAUUCGUCACUAUGAUAUUCACAAUCAUUGUGCUCGAAUUCUACCCCAAGAUAAGAUCCACGUCCACGAUUAACAUUCGAAAGUUUUGGAGCUGCGCAUACUUCUUAAUGCAAGCAAUUUUUUAUUACGUCUGCGCGUUCACUAAGGAAACAUGGAUCGAUGAUUUAUUCUUCAUCGUUUAUGAUAUGGUCGAAGUUCUUUACGCCUUUGGAUUUAUUGUAAACCAUUUGGACAUAGCACCGCGAUAUGCCAGUAUACUGUGCGGCGUCAUAACGGCCGUUUAUUACAUUUUCGAUGGCUGCGUAACAAAUUUCUUUAUUGCAGUCAAGGAUUACUUGAAAGAUCAUAACGAUUUUCUGGUUUGCAUCCUGGUGGUUAUUAUACUCGUUAAUAUAACAGCAGUAAUAUUUUAUUUCAUUUUCGCUUCCGCGGAAGUUCAACCGUGGGCAAAGACACACGACGAAGAAACACAACAAGAAUCAGACGAUGUCGCUGUAUUAGUUAACUGAUCAUUGUCUUUGAGUGCUUCGUAACGUUAAAAAUAUUUGACGUAAUAAAUGUGUCUUUAUAAAUAUACGUAUUUAUUAAAGUA